AUGAAAUACGUGCAACUCGGUACUAGUGGCCUUCGCAUCGCCCCGAUUGGCGUGGGGUGCAUGAGUUUUGGAAAUCCCGAGGGUCGUUUCAAGUGGUCGAUCCCGGAAGAAGACGCACUUCCCGUACUUAAUCACUGCUACGAGUCCGGUCUCAACUUCUUCGACACAGCAAAUGCCUAUUCCAGCGGGAUUUCCGAGGAAAUCCUAGGCAGGGCAAUCAAGAAAUACAAUUGGCGCCGUGAGAACCUCGUCAUCGCAACCAAACUGUGGGCACCCGUUGGCCGCGGUACCGAACAACCGUUGGCGAUGACAGACGACGAAAAGGACAACUCUGGAUACGUCAAUCAGUACGGUUUGAGCCGGAAACAUAUCUUCGAGAGUAUCGAUGCCAGUCUGAAGAGGCUAGACCUUCCCUACGUCGACUUGCUGCAGAUUCAUCGCUUCGACCCCAGAACACCGGUUAAGGAAACGAUGGAAGCGCUUCAUGACGUCAUCAAGUCUGGCAAGGUGCGGUAUAUCGGCGCUUCGUCUAUGUGGGCACAUCAGCUCCUUGAGUAUCAGUAUACCGCCCGCAUUCACGGCUGGACGGAGUUUAUCUCAAUGCAGAAUCUUCACAAUGCCAUAUACCGAGAGGAGGAACGGGAGAUGUACCCUGCAUGUGCCAAAUUUGGAAUUGGUGGCAUCCCUUGGAGCCCCGUUGCCAUGGGUUUCCUGGCCCGGCCCUGGCGUGACUUCUCUACUACCACGCGCGGGGAGGGACAGGGUCAAGGUUUCCUUGGCCAGUCUACGACAGAGGCAGACAGAAAUGUCAACGAACAGGUCGAGAAGAUUGCCAAGGAACAUGGUGUAUCGAUGGCUACUGUGGCAAUUGCUUGGUCCUUAUCCAAGCCCUUUAUUACGGCUCCAAUUCUGGGUCUGAGUAAGAAGGAGAGGGUUGAUGAAGCAGUGCGCGCCAUUUCCUUCGAGCUUACUCCCGAAGAAUUAAAGAGCAUCGAUGACCUAUAUGAGCCCAAAAAGGUGAUUGGCCACAAAUGA